GCGGGAGAGGUUGCGCAGAUCUGGUCCGGUUGGCAUACUUCUUACUCAUACCCACCGAAGUAGGGUCCCACAGAGAUAGCCCACCCCAAUCCCAGGAUGCCCAGCAGAACAGUCCGCUACGCUCGCUACAGCCCCCGACAGCGACGGCGGAGGCUGUUGGCUGAUCGGAGUGUGAGGUUCGCUAAUGAUGUUCUCUUCUUGGACCACAUCCGCCAAGGCGACCUGGAGCAAGUGGGGCGCUUUAUCCGAGCUCGGAAAGUCUCGCUAGACACUAUCUACCCCUCCGGCCUGGCUGCUCUUCAUGAAGCUGUGCUCUCUGGAAACCUGGAGUGUGUGAAGUUGCUAGUCAAAUAUGGUGCUGACAUUCACCAGCGGGAUGAGACAGGCUGGACACCACUGCAUAUCGCUUGCAGUGAUGGAUACCCUGACAUAGCCAGGUAUCUCAUCUCUUUGGGGGCAGACAGAGAUGCAACCAAUGAUGAUGGCGAUUUGCCCUCCGACCUCAUUGACCCGGACUUCAAGGACUUGGUGGAACUCUUCAAAGGAACCAGCAUGGAUUGAGCCAGCCCUGCCCUUUUGGUGUUUGUGCCCCUUUGGAGAAGCGGCAAGCACCUUGCCCCAGGGACUAGACUGCCCACUGAACAUGCAGUGAGGCAGCCAGGCUGGUUAGGACUUGUGGGGCACGACACUCUUGCCCCUAUACCCAUUUCUCUGGCCUGGCUUUUACUCCAGGUUUUUUUUUUAUGGUGAUACUUUUUACUUUUUCAAUAAACAUAAUUCCCAAGCUG